UGUCGGUGGUUUUUCUGGCCGGUUCUUUGCGGGCGUGAAGGCAUGUCGAUAAUCGGCUCAGUAAUGAGGAGAGGUACUGGACGGCACCAAAUAUCUGACCCCGAUUCCUGGGAGUAAGGGGAGAGGGAGAAAGUGUGUGAGAGAGGAAAAGAGAGACAGAGGGAGAAGGAGAGAGAGAGAGAGAGAGAGAGAGAGAGAGAGAAAGAGGGCCAUGUGAAAAAGGGGUGGAGGGGAGUCGAGAUUUAGUGCUCUGCUGGAUGAAACAACCCCCCACUAACUAACGGAGAGGGAAAGUAGCCUAAUAGGAAGAAAAGAGGGGGGUGUUGUACUGUGCAUUAAACACUCAAAGACGCGCAGGAAGCCGUUACCGUUUCCAACGAUGAGAUCAGAAAAGGGGAAUUGUGUCUUCUCUAAAGCCUAGGCCCCCGAACAACAGGAGGAGGAGACAAUAUAAACUUAGAUAGUGGCAGUACAUACUUGAGAGAAGGAAGAUGUCUCGAACCGAAGAGGUCAACAAGAUGACAGAAAAUGUCUACAAGGGGAUUUUGGACCAGUUCAACCCCAGUCUGAAGAACUUUGUCACCAUGGGGAAACAUUAUGAGAAAGCCCUGACAGGAGUAACUGUGGCUGCCAAGGGGUACUUUGAUGCCCUGGUGAAACUUGGAGAACUGGCGAGCGACAGCCAAGGCUCCAAAGAGCUGGGGGACACGUUGUUUCAGAUGGCCGAGGUCCACAGACAGAUUCAGGUGCAGCUGGAAGACGUGUUGAAACUGUUUCACUCUGAGCUGCUUGCCCAGUUGGAGCAGAAGCUGGAGCUGGACAUCAAAUACCUCACAGCCACUUUGAAGAAGUACCAGAGUGAGCGGAGGUCUAAAUCUGAGUCUAUCGAGCGCUGCCAGUCUCAGCUCAAAAAACUCCGCAGGAAGAGUCAGGGCAGUCGUCACCCCAACAAAUAUGGAGACAGAGAGAUGCAGUUCGUGGAGUUGAUGAGUCGUCGCCAAGGCGAGCUGGACACGCUGGUCGCCGCAGGUUACAGGUCAGCGCUCACCGAGGAGAGGAGGCGAUACUGCUUCCUGGUGGACAGACAGUGUUGUGUCACCAAACUGCUCAUCAACUACCACUCCAAGGUGAGAGAGCUUCUGUCACAGAAACUGUCAUCUUGGCAGCAGUCAUGUUCUCAGCCGACAAAACUCCCAGAGCGCGCUCUGAACCUGCUGCGUCACACUGCACCUCCAAGCUCAGGGGCUGCCGGGAUAGCCGAGGUCCUCCGCCAUACCAAGCUCGGCUCUUCUCAGCCAGAACAGAGGCUCUCUGUUCAGGAAGUCCCUCCUCUGUUGAACGGAGACUCCAGUCGCUCCCAGCAGCAGCGCUCGCUCCCCUCCUCCUCCCAGAGUGACACCUAUCCUCCUCAGGGCUCCCCCCAGACUUUCCACUCUGCGUCAUCCACCGGAGGAGCUGCUGGAGGUUCAUCACGAGGAGCUUCUCCUCAGCACACCAGCACACCCCUCAGUGCAUCAGUUAGCCCCAUCCCUGACAGCAGUGCCAGCGGCAGCGCCAGCCCGGCUGCAUCCACUCCCACCACGUCCAGCGGCUCGGCCCAACAGAGCUCGCUCCUGCUGGCCACCAACACGUCCAACCUCUCCCCAAGCCUCAUCCCCUCCACGGUGAUGUCGCUCAGCCAGAUCUCCCCAGCCAGCAGCUCCAUGCAUGGCAUGACCCUCCCCAUCCCGCACAGUGCUCCUCACAGUCCUCCUCUGCCUCACAGUGCUCCUCUCUCCAGGGCCAUUACUCCUGUGCAGCUGUUGCACCAACAGGUGGGACCAGGAGGGAGCAACACUUCAUCACCAUCACAUAAUCCCUGGCUGCUGAGGGCUGCAGAAAUGUGUGCUACAGCAACACUUCCGCUGCCAAGGAGACCUGUCAGUGAAAUGAGGCUGGGCGGCUUUCAGGGCUCCAGUCUCCCCAGGAUGAUGCCAUUAUCUGGACCUACACGUGUGGAAGCCAUGUUUGCUCACGCUCCUGGAGUAUUGGAGGGCGGCGUAGCAGGGGGUGGGGCUUGCUUACUGCACUUCCUGCCUGGUGACAACAUCACCCUGCUCAUCUCUGAGCCCAGAGACGGGUGGCACUACGGUCAAAAUGAACGGACUGGACGGAAAGGCUGGUUCCCUUUCUCCUACACUCAGCCACACCACAGCAAGAUGGAUCACCUCGAGACCUCUCUUUUCUUAUCUAAAGCUAACAGCACCAGUACCGGCCAGCUCGACAAGUUGGUGUCUCCGGGUCUCACAGCCCUCACCCCCGAGUCAGAGGAGGAGCGCUCCUUUCCUCCCCAGAGGGUCAGCACCUUCCGCCCACGCCCGUACAGCAUGGCCGACAGCAACAAGAUCACCUCAGAAUUGGCUUCUCCACCACCCUCCCCAACCAGGCCCAAUCCAUUUGCCCACAUACGGCUCAGAAAAACUGUCACCAACGAUCGCUCAGCUCCCAUCAUUGAGUAAGUGGUUGAAUCCAGGAGCAGCGAUCCAGUUUUCCCUGUCAGUCCAUCAAGCCUCAGGCUGAGUCCUGGAAACAGCACAUUGGUUCAUGAAUAGUACUUCACUUUGGAUGUUCUGUUUUUUUUGCAAUUUAAUCAAAUACAGAUUGUGUUUAAUGUGCAGGAAUAGAAAAUUUUAAAAUCAAAGUAUAAAAGGUUCAUGUGUAAAGGCUGAUCUGUUACAAAUACGAUUACAGUCCAUUCACUGUUAAGGUAGUUAAUAGGAGAAUGUAGAAACAGGACCACUAUGAUGUCUGAAAGCUCUGUUUGAGUAAUAUGUGGGCAUUAAAAUAAAAUCUAGGCUAGUUUUUUGAAACAGAAGUAUGAUGUUUGGCUGUUUUUAACUUGUAUCUGUAUCUUGCCCAUUCAGAAUAACUAACAUUUUUAGGUGUUUCCUGGGCUUAUAGGAUGCCUCUUGUUUCCCUUACUGUUUUACAGUGCAAUUUUUUUCUUGACAUAACCUUAAAUGUAGUUUUUGGUUAAUUUUUGUGCCAUAUUCAGAAAAGUUUUCUUUGUUCAGCUGAUCUAGGGACUGGCUCCUAAUAGCAGGUUAUUAACUUUCACCUUGACUGUGAUGAAGUGUUAUGGGAAGAGGACAGGCUCCUACUCUAAAAAUGCUAUUACAAUAUUAUAUUUUCUAGAGAAGCUGCCAGAUUGUUGCAUUCUCUUGGUUUCAAUGAAGGUGAACUUUUAAAUUCAUUCAUGCCUUUUCUUUUUUAAAACUUGGUUGUUUGGUGGAGAGAGACUUCGCAUAUUGUAAUGAAAUUGGCAUGCUGAGUUAUUUUUUGUGUCAUUUUUACCUUAAAAUUCAUGAACAUGGGCAAUGCUGUUUGAGUGUACAAGUCCCUGUUAGUUAUAUCUUAUGUUAAUGACAUUUAACACAACACAAUCUGCUGCUGUGAUGUCACAUAUUAGUAUUUAAAGACUGUAGAUUUUUGGAUUAGUUUAACUCUUUGCCUGAGCUCAAAAUUCUUUGUAAAAACACACUCUACCUUAAAUGUGAUUAUUCAAACGAUUGAUCAUUGAUACUUGUUCAUUUCCUAGUGCAAGCACUGAGUGAAAUCCUCAAAAUUGUACUUAUUUAAUACAGAGCAACUUCUACAAAACAAAGAAAGAGAAGAGCUAAUUAGCUUCACAGACAUAAACUGUGACAGUUAGCAGUUGAACGAUUGAGUGGUGUUAUUUUUGAAAGAAGUGCUUUUUUUUUUAGAAAGUAGCAUGUUGUGGACGGUUUAAAGUCUUAAGAAUGAGAGAUUUGCAUGCUUAGUCUUUGGAUUUGAUGUCUUCUUGAUUCUUUUUCAGUCCCAAAUCUAAAGCUAUUCAACAUCUAGGCUAGUUGAUCUUAGUUGUAUGUUUACCAGUCAGACUGAGCAGAAUCUUCAAGAGGGAUGUGAAAGCCAAGACAGAAAAAAGGAAAGGAGUUUUAUUUGGGGAAAGUAUCUAUGAAAGUGAUGAAGAAAGCAUAUGGAAAGUUGACAAAUGUCUGAGCAAGUGUUCACGGUAAACUAGAAAUAUCCACCAUAAUAUCCUGUAGCUCUGUAGUCGCCUCUGGCAAAGUGGGGAAAUUUUGUGUCAAACUGAAAUGUUUGUUUCCCUGUUGUAACUGCCUUGACUUGCUGUGAUAUUUUAGCACCUUUAAGAUUCAGGAGAUCAUCCCCAAAGCGUUGUAGAAAAUAAUUUCUAACAUCAGAUACGUAUAGUAUGGCAUCAUUAAUAAAGGUGACAGCAAAAUGAUAGAGCUAAUGCUUAUUCAUGCUUGUAAAUAGUGCAUAAAACAUGUGUGAUUGUAAGACUUCUAUUUGACUUCUUCUUAUAAUGAUAUUUCACUUUGGCAGAACAUUUUGACUUUGUAGAAGCUGCAGAAGCUGUAAACCUCCAAUACUCUGUCAGUCGAUAUUCAAACUUUUCUCUCCUACACUGAACAAACAGGAAAUAAGACCUCUAACACAGUGAAAACACGGGAUGAAAUAUUAUUCACCUACAUAGGUUUAGAUGUGCUUCAAACUGUGAAAACUGAUUCAUCUAGACUUUAACCUUUGAAUAAAAGUAACUUGUGACUCUUGUAGUGGCCCAUAUCAGUGGUUCAUAAAAUCCAAAAUAGAAUGAGUUUGGUGAUACUGUAAAAAAUAUUAGAAAACAAAUCACUUUGGCUGUGGGGUACAUUAAAAAAGUGUAAACAUUAAGUUGUGGAAAUUACUCACAAAGAAAAAUAAUGUAUACAGAAUGUGCAACAUAGAAAUAUAAUUCAAGUUUUAAAUAUAUUAUAAGAAAUACAUGGGUAAGUUUAUUAAAGAUAUAGAUGUUAUAAAUAUGUAACAAGAAAUUUACGUCAGAAUGAAUACACAAAUUUAAAGCAAGUAUACAGUACAUUGUAUGUGUGUACAGAAAAGCAUAUGUGUAGAUGUGUCAAAGAUACUUGGAAUCUGUGCAUUAUCGUAUAUAACUCAUAGCAGAAUGCCAAUGUGCAAAACAUGUUUGUUAUUGCUUGUUUGCAGGAGCGCUGCUGCUAAAAACCAUGAAUUUCUCCAAAGUUCAAAACUCUUCUUCCGAAGUGAAAUAGUCGUAACAUUGCACACUUAUUUUACACAGUAUCUUUGUUCUGUAAAACAAAAUGCAGCAAUGGAAACAGAGUGUUCAGGCUGUUUCCUGAAUUGCAUCAACAUGAAAUCCUGGCGACUGCAGGAGAUAUUUUAUAUGAUGAUAAACACUGCUGAGGAAGAAAUUCUUUACCCGGAAUACUGAAUAUUGACAUGUUGUUGAAUAAAAGUUCUAUGAAAGAAA